CGCUACUCUCGCAAUUUCAAGUUAACGUUCAAGUUGUUGGUGAUGAAGUUCCUGUGGUGACCUGGCAAAACAAUCAGGCAAUCCUUAACAUUGCAACACCGACGUUCCUAUAUAUCCGCACAAGAUGUCUUCGAGUACUUUCGGAGAAUGGUUACUUAUUCACUACGCGUCGAUUAAGAGCCGAUCGCCAAACGAAGGUCGUAGACGAUGGAAGCUUCAGGUCGCACAGAAGUUCUGGGCUUCGAGCGAAAAAAUGUUGUCAUCUGUAAGCACUGAGCAAAUCACGAUCUUGUUCACAUAUGAUCCCCGGCAUUCAAACAUAUCCCAGACCACUGCCGUCGUUACUGAUGGCGAUGCGGAAUUCCACAUAGACAGUGAUCCUUUUGACGAAGCGUCGACUAACAGAGAAGAGCUGGGGAUCCUGUUGCGAACUGAUUUUUCCGAUGAGGCUGCUUGGUUGGCUUUCUGCAGUCGAUUGGAAGAAGGAGAGAAGGAGUUUGCAGAUAGCCCUUUGGAAGAAGAUGACAUGACGAUGGACGAUCAACUUGAGCCCAACAAAGCAAGUCCGAGUGGUACUGCUGCAACUACUACGACAGUAGAAGAUGGCAGCCACGAAUCUGAUGAUGACUCGGAGAACUCACUCAGUGCAAUCUUUCACAUCAUCAAUCCGUCUUUAUCCCAGGAACGUGCUCUGAUAACCAACAUCUCAAACCUUGCGGCGCUUCGCCUCUUUAAUGAUGUGGAUGUUCGACAAGCCCCCAUUCCUCCACCAGAUACCAAACGCAUCAGGCCCCCAAACAGAUUAGUUGACUCAGGUGGCUGGCAGGAGGUCUAUGUGGGAAAGAACUUGUGGAUAUAUGACGCGAAGUCCAACAGCGAUCAAUGUGUGCGAGUGGUCAGUCCGAGCAGCUCGGACAUGUAUGGGACAGCAACGGCCGACAGCUGGAGAGCCAGGGUAUCACACAUCUGCGAACUGCAAGUAAACCUGUCUUCUGGCGCGAUGAAGAUCGACUUUGGAGGCCUGGAUCGCUGGGAUUACGCGGAACGUCAACGAAACAUGCGGGAAGCCGUGACCCCAGGAGUUUUGUGA